GUCCCGGUACUUCGCCUCCCGGCUGAGCCCGGGCCGGGGGAGCUGCCCACGACCACCACGGCUCGAGGAAUCCCUGCUCCGAGCGGCGAGGGUCCCUCAGCCCCCGACUCCACCGACGGGCUCGGCAGAGCCCGGUUCGCUUCCAGACUCAUCCCUGCCCGCCCCAUCGAGGCUCGCAGCAGCCCCGGGCCUCGCCGCUGCGUCGCUGGUCGCUGUCCCCGUGUCCCCCCGAGGAUGAAGAACCGGCCGGCGCUGGCGGUGCUGCUGCUCCUGGCGCUGCCGCUCGCCCUCGCCCGCCGCGCCCCCGCCGCCCCGCCGGGCCCCGCGCCGGGGAUGCCCGUCCCGGAGCCGCUGCCGUGGAGCGCCCGCGGCAGCCCCGGGGCCGCCGCCGCCGCCGCGCUGGAGCUGCUGCGGGAGGAGGGCGCCGGUCCCCCCGCGGCGCAGCAGAAGAGAGACAUGCACGAUUUCUUCGUGGGGCUCAUGGGGAAGCGAGCAGCGGAGCCCGGGCGAGCGGCGGGGCGGGGAGGCGGCAGCCCGGCCCCCCGGUGCUCGCCGGGACCCCCCGCUCCCGGAGAGACCCCGCUGCGGGCGGCCUGAGCGGCGGAACGAGCCCCCCGCGGGGGUUGUGCCCGGUGUCCCGGGGACGGUGGGGCCGCGGAGCCGCGGGGAGCGUGUCCGUGCGCCUGUGUACACCGGGGCGUGCCGCGUUAUACAGCCACCCGUGUCUGCGCGGGACACGCGCGAAGUGCGGCUCCGUGUCUUGGCUGCGCCUCCGGGGCCCGCU